UAAUACCAAGCUCUGAAUAUCCUCAUAGUAGCUAAGAAGAUAUGGCCACAGUAACUGGAGCCCUGUUCUUCAUAGCCCUCCUCCUCUGCUCUACAAUAGCUUCUUCAGCUAGACCAGAACCAGCUUUUUCAGCAGUAUCAACUAAUUCUGAGAAAACCCAACUUGCGGUUGUUGAAACAGAGCAAGCUGAUAUUGAACAGAGCUGCGACGGAGUUGGAGAAGAAGAGUGCUUAAUGAGAAGGACUUUGGCUGCUCAUAUAGAUUACAUCUAUACCCAGAAGACUAAACCCUGAACUUCCUUGUUUGUUAAUUCACUACUAUAUGUAUCAUGAUGGAAUACUUGUUAGCCAUAUAACAAGAGAUUUAAACCAUGCCAGCAGCUAGUCUUAUCUACUCUGUUUUCUGGGAAAUUGUGUUUGAAUUAUUGAUAUCA